GUCCAAACAUUUCAUCCUGUCGCAAAGCCCACACACGUGCAACCAGCAGACGAUGCCAGCCAACCCGAGGAAGCGCGCGAAGCGCACGCUGCAGGCGAAGAAGAAGCAGCACAGACACAACCGGGACGAUGUGCGGGAAAAGGAGCAGAAGCAAGCCGACCGCGCAACGCUGGCACGCGUGAAAAAGGCCGCAAAGAAGACGCAGCAGAAGUGGCGCCAGCUGGAAGUGAGCGAGGACGCCAUCUUCAACUUUGACCACGGCGGGUUCUGCCGCCUGGAGGUGCUGGACCCCAAGGACUUUGUUACAGACGAGCACGGUCUGUUGCAGCUGCCAGCGUCGUCCUAUGACGACGAUGACGAAGGAGAUGGCGCUGCUGAUGAGACUGUUGGUGGUGAUGCUCAAGCUGCAGGUAUGAUGAACGAUGCCAGUGCCGAAGCCGAGGAAGAAGGUGCAGUGGGUCUUGCGGAUGUCAACGAGGCUGGCGGGAAGGACUCGAUUGAAGCUGGCGAAGCAGUACAGAAGAAUGGCAAGAACAAGAAGCGAAAGAACAAGAAGAACAAGAAGCAGCAACAGGCGGAGGAGGAGGAGGAGGGUCAGGACCAGGAGAAGCAAGCUGAGGAGCUGCACGAAGAAGACGACAAGGGCGAACUGCAGCACGAGGAUGAGGAGUUGAAGGGCAAAAAGAACAAGAAGAACAAGAACAAGAAGAAGAAGCAGAAGAAGAGCAAGGGAAAGACCACAGACGAGCAGACGCAGCAAAAAGAAGAAGAAGGGGAUAAGGAGGAGGAGAAGCCAGACGUGGCAGACGACCAACAGCAGACAGAGGAAGGCGAGCAGGCAGAGGAAGGGGGUGCGAGGAAUGGUGGUGAGGAUGAUGAGGAGGAAGAGAAAGAAGAACAAGAGGAGGAGGUUGACAUGAGUGCGUGGCUUCCGUUUGGUCUCCACUCGUCCAUCAUGGAAGGGCUGCAGGCACAGCGGUUCACAAAACCCACGCCCGUGCAGGAGGAGUGCCUGCAGCCGGCCAUCCAGGGGUUUCGCGACAUUGUUGCGUGUGCGGAGACUGGAUCCGGUAAGACGCUCGCCUUUGGCCUCCCCGUUAUCCAGCACAUCAUCAACCUUAGGCAGCAGGGCGACGACGGCGACGACGAUGCGCUGACGCGGUUGAAGGCGCUCGUCGUCUGCCCAACCCGCGAACUCGCAAUCCAGGUGCGGGACCACCUCGUGGCCAUUGCGAAACACUGCGGCAUUCGCGUCGUUGCCAUUGUCGGAGGCAUUUCUGUGCAGAAGCAGCGGCGGCUUCUUGCAGGGCGGCCAGAGAUUAUUGUGGGCACGCCCGGUCGCCUGUGGGAUCUCAUCGCCGCUGGCAAUGACGCAUUCCACGACCUCAGGAGACUUCGAUUCCUGGUGAUCGAUGAGGCCGACAGGAUGGUCGAACAGGGCCAUUUCAAGGAGCUGGAGAACAUUCUGCGCAAACUGCCAAUGGCAGAGCGCACGGAUGAUUCGAGCAACGCGAAGAACGGCGCAGCGAAGAAGAAGAAGAGCAGGAACAAAUACAAGGAGAAGAACGAGAAGGAAAAGGCAGCGAAGCGAAGGAAGGAACUGCAGGCGCUGCAACAACAACAACAGCAGCAGGAUGAAGAUGAAGAUGACGAUUAUGUUGACGAUGAUGUGAUGGCUAUGGGAGGUGCUGGCAGCGGUGAACAGCAAAGCGGUGACAACGGCAGUGAUGGCGCUGAGGAGAUGCUGCCGAUGGACGACAGCGAAGACAACAAUGAUGACGAUGGUGGUGAUGAGGAGGAGGAGGAUAACCUGGGCAUCCCUGCGUCGCUGUUUCUGAACCCGGCUGAUGAUCUGAUCAAGAAGUCGAAACGGGAGGAAGUGAAGCGCAGGAAGGACGAGGACGCACACACCCUGCAGCAGCUCGACACGCUUGAUGCUGACCAGAAUGCUGCCGAGAUGGAGGCGAUUGCACACGAGGGGCCGCCCGUCAAGCGCCAGACGUACAUCCUCUCCGCCACCCUCCUCUACACCGCACAGCAGUUCAGGAAGCGGCGCAAGAAUCCGCAGCAGGACGCCGUAUCCCGCAUUGUCAAACUGUGCGGCCUCAGAAGCAAAUACAAGCAGGUUGACCUGGUUGGCCGGCGCGUGGAGGUGACGUCCAAGCUGUCGGAAUCGCGUAUCCUGUGCACGACCGAGGAGAAGGAUGUGUAUCUGUACUACUUUGUGCACCGCCACCCGGGCCGCACGAUUGUGUUUGUCAACUCCAUUGACAAUGUGCAUCGCAUUGUGAACCUCUUCCGCCUCCUCAACGCCACCAACGUCUGGGGGCUCCACUCCAAAAUGCAGCAGAGGAAACGGCUGACGAACCUCGAGCGGUUCCGUGCGUCACCAUCCUCUGUUCUCAUCGCCACCGAUGUCGCUGCUCGCGGUCUCGAUAUCCCCGAUGUCGACCAUGUGCUCCACUAUCAGCUGCCGCGGGAGACGGACAAGUACGUGCACCGCUCCGGCCGCACCGCCCGCGCCGACAAGGAGGGGCUCUCUGUCGUUCUGCAGGGUCCACAAGAUACGCCCAUCUACAAGGCCAUCAUCCAAGAACUCAACAGGGCUGAGGAGCUGCCUCGGUUUGAGGUUGACCUGCACCUCCUCCCCGGCAUCCGCAAACUUGUCUCCAAGGCAAAGACCAUCAUCAAGCUUGAGCGCGCCCUCAACAAGCCCAAGUCGAAGAAUGCGUCUGUCCUCAAGGCGGCGCGGGAGGCGGAUCUGGAGGUGGACGACUCGCUGCUGAUGGCGGAGGCCGCGUCCACCGAUCACACCCGCAUCCGCCUCGCCACACUCAAGGCUGAGCUUGCGUCUCUGCUUCAGCACCCCAUCUCUGCUGUUGCUUCCGGUCGCAAAUACACGGCGCAGGGUGAUCGCUCACACGCCAUUCUUGAGCCCGACAAGCACUCGGCCCUCAGCAAGGUCCGUGGGAGCAAGCGCCGCGCAAACAAGAAGCGCCGCCGCUGACGUGGUUGGUCCACGCAGUUCCACUGAUGAUGCUGAUUGAUGCUAAGGUCUUGGUGUGUGGAUGUGCAAUGUGGUGGGUGGAGUUUGUGUCUGGCGAAGCUUGUGGCGAUUGUGGAAAUUUAGGUCAUAUCUUCCAUUAAACAUCCGCAAAACAAGG